CUAUGUUUAUUGUUAGGUUUAGGUUAUAAAUUUGAAAAUUAUCUCUUCGUAAGAAACUUUCGGUUAUUCUAUUAAUAUAUUCUCUCAACCUGUUAUUUAUUCAAUAAAAUAUAAUGCGUGUUAUUGCUCUCGUCGAUAUGGAUUGUUUUUAUUGUCAGGUAGAAGAAAAACUGAAUCCUGAACUACAAGGAAAACCUGUUGGUGUUGUACAGUACAAUCUUUGGCGUGAAGGAGGUCUGAUUGCUGUGAAUUAUUUAGCCAAAGAAAAAGGCGUAACAAAAGGAAUGUGGAAACAUGAAGCAAAGGACUUAUGCCCAGACAUUCAAUUUGCAAGAGUUGCUGAACUACGCGGAAGAGCAGAUUUGACUAAGUAUCGGGAAGCCGGUAAACAAGUAGUCGAUGUUUUAAGUACCUUCUCCAUUCUUCUCGAGAGAGCUUCUAUUGAUGAAGCAUAUUUAGAUUUGACAGAGGCUGUAGAACGAGAACUUUCCAAGGGCAUAACGAAUAUUCCAUUAGAAGAUCUGAAGACUACUCAUAUAGUUGGUGGUGAAACAGCUGAUUUCAUUUCAUACAUCAGUAGUGCUCAAGACACAGAUGGUUUUUGUAGGGAUGAUCUAAAAUUAGCAGUUGGCGCGAUCAUAGUAGAAAGAAUGAGAGCCAGUAUUUUUGAGAAGACAGGGUACAGAUGUUCCGCUGGAAUUGCUCAGAAUAAAAUAUUAGCUAAGUUGGUAUGUGGUUUGCAUAAACCUAAUAAGCAAACUAUAUUACCAGGGAAUGCUAUACCCCAAUUUCUUUCAGAAUUACCUUUGAAAAAAAUCAAGAGAUUAGGUGGAAAAUUCGGUAGAAAAGUGUCCGAGAAAUUGAAUGUUAAUAAUGUAGGAGAUCUCUUGCAAUUUUCAGAAGAGGAACUAUCGAGACAGUUCGAUUCUAAAACAGGCAUCAUUGCAGUGAAUUACCUGGCUCGUGAGAAAGGAGUAACUAGGCAAAUGAGAGGUGAUGAGGCAAAAGAGAGAUGUCCAAAUAUUGAGUUACCAAGGGUUCCACAAGUUCGAGGAAAAGCAGAUCUCACUAAAUAUAGAGAAGCAGGAAAACAGGUUGCUGAGGUUUUGAAGACUUUCACAAAUAUUUUAGAGAGAGCAUCAAUUGAUGAAGCUUAUUUGGAUCUCACAGAAGCAGUUAACACAGAACUAAAUAAUAAUUUUCAAAAUAUAGAGCCACAACAUUUACAGAACACAUUUAUAGUUGGCCACGAGACAUCUGAUUUCCUGGCAAAUAUUUAUCACAAUCAGAACAUGGGCUUUUGUGAAGAUAAUUUGAAAUUAGCAGUUGGCGGAGUAAUUGUUGAGAAAAUCAGAGCAGAAGUCUAUAAAAAAACAGGAUACAUUUGUUCUGCUGGUAUUGCCCACAAUAAAAUCUUGGCUAAAUUAGUUUGUGGAUUACAUAAACCGAAUAAACAAACAAUUUUACCUCAAACAGCUGUGCCAGAAUUAUUUACCACAUUGCCAAUCAGAAAAAUCAAGAAUCUUGGAGGAAAAUUCGGACACACACUUUCAGAAAAACUGAAUAUCAACUACAUGGGGGAGCUCGAGAAAUUCUCAGAAAAACAACUCGUCCAGAUAUUUGAUGAAAAAACCGGACGUUGGUUGUAUAAUAUAUCAAGAGGUAUUGAUAAAGAAGAAGUUCAAGUCAAACUAAUUUCUAAAUCAAUUGGUUGCUGUAAAAGGUUUCCUGGAAGAACUUCUUUACUCAAGGUAGAAGAAGUGGAACACUGGAUGGGUGAAUUGAGCAGUGAAAUUGCAGAUAGACUCGAAGAGGAUAUCAAAGAAAAUAACCGAAAAGCAAGACUAAUGACGGUUAGUUUCUCCCAAUUGACGAACCAGGUGGAAACCAGUAGUACAAGAGCAGUUCCUUUGAAAUCAUACGAAAUGAUAAAAAUAUGCCAACAGGCCUUGGAGGUCUUGAGAAAAUAUUGCCAAAAAGCAGAUUCCUCGUAUCACAUAACAUUUUUAGGAUUGAGUAUCAGCAAUUUUGAAGACAUAAAAAAUGUAAAAACUAUUACUUCGUAUUUUGGAAAAGCUGAGAAAAUAUCAAAUAAAACAACCACAACUUUGAAUGCUGACAGUGAAAAAAAAAUCUCAACCACAUUCAGAAAAGAUCAUUUGCAGAAUGCUGAUGCUGAUCAUUCUACCGAAGAUGACGAAAACUCAAUUUAUUCCGAUACAACGCUAGAACUUGAAGAAGAUCCCAGUGAUUAUAUUUUCUUCAAUGAUACACAUUCAGAAUCAGUAAACGUUGAAACCAAAAGUUUCAAAUCAAACGAGUCCGAUGAAUAUUCAAUUGAAAACCAAGAAUUAAUUGGGAAUAUUCAGAAUACCGCAAUCGAUUCUUUCGGGGAUGAAAUGAAUCAAAAUGAUUUUUCAUCCUCCAAUUCUCCAGUGCUUCGGAGGAAUAUAAAGGAUAAUGAAUAUGAUGAAAGUGAUUCUUCAAAAGAAAUUGACCGCGAUUUCGAUACCUCAAAAAUAUUUGAAGGGCAUUAUGGAAGUAGCGAUGAAGAAUCGGAAAGAAACAUUUUAGUAUCUGAAGACCCUUCUGAAUCCAAAGAAUCAUCAAAAACUUGCGAGGAAUGUGGUGAAGUGGUUCCAGUAAAUUGUAUUGUUUCCCACAUGGAUUUCCAUUUAGCAAUAAAAUUAUCCCAAGAAAAAUUUCCUUCUGCAGUCCCUAGUGUUAAACAGAAACCCAUUGAAAAGCCUGCUCCUAAUAAGAAACGCAAAAUGGCCGAAACAUUAGGGAAUAUCGGGUCAUAUUGUCGAAAACCAGAUUAUUCAGAUGAAUUCUCAGAAGUUUGUACGGAAUGCAACAAAAGGAUAAACAUCGGGGAUAUGGCUACCCAUUCUGACUAUCAUGCAGCUAAAAGACUCCAUUUAGAAUUGAAUAGCCCGAGUUCUAAAACUGAGUCCGCAAAUUCGUCUUCUAGCACGACAGGAAGCAUUAAGCGUAAUAAAAAAUUAAUUAAUGGUGGUUCAAGUAUUACAUCAUUCUUCAAGCCAAUUGGCCCUUAAAAAUUAUCAAUCUUAAUAUUGUUUUGGACAGUUGGCAAUUAUCAAAUAAUUCAUCAGGUUAUUAUAUUAUAAGUAUUGUAAAUAGCUGUUAAUAUGUUGUUUAAAUGAAAUUAAAAUUAUUUUCUUUAAA